GUAGGUCUCCGAGAACGACCGAAAGGAGGCCGGCUGGGGAGGCAGGAAGGACGGAGCCAGAUCCGAAGGUCUUCCUUGCAGGGUGAUCACGAAUCCUGCUGAGGUCAUUCGUGAAGUGGUUGGACCGUGAGCCUUUUGUGGAGAGCUUGUCGCUCAAGUUCUCAGACGGCCUGUGAUCCCGAGAAAGUGCCAUUGGGAAACCUAUUGCAGAGAGAUGACAAAAUCACAGUUUGAGAGGAAGCACCACAGAAGCCCAGGUGGAUUAAUUGAAGCCUUGGACAAUAUCUCCUGGGAGAGAGUGCAAGCAGGCACUUUACACAGUGAGUCACCUCCCAAGCUCCUCUCCUUUAAUAUACUAAGUAAAUGUACAAUGCAAUGGGAUGUGAGCAAGAUUUAACCCUCUGGACCGGGAGGCACUGCCGAGGCAUCUGGCCACGUGGACUGAGCAGCUACCAGGUUCGGUGAUUCUCGGGCCCGCAACUGCUAUUGGACUACUUUUCCCAAUAGUUAUCUCACAGAAAUACAUCACAAGGGACAUUGGGAGACCAAAAUCAAACCCAGUUGGCUUGAUUCUGGCCAAGAACCAAGGAAGGCUGCAGUGUGCUCGAGCAAGUCCAAAUCAGGGAACGUGGAAAAGCAGCUUUCUGAACACCUGGAAGGUACAAUGCAGACAUUCUGAGUCCCAGGAGCGUUGGGACGAGCCAGUGGACUGCAGGCAUGUGGUGGAAGUUGCUGGUGAGAGCCCAGCCCUGCAGGCUGUGUUCCUUCAGAAGAAUGCGAGCAGCUCCAGAACACAAGCCGCCUUUAGCACGCCUCACCUAUACCACAGGUGAACAGUCAGACAAAGAAAACAAAAGAACAGUAGAAAAGCUCUGCAAAAUCUCAGUCGAUGUUAGGAAAAUUCGCAGAUUAAAAGGGUGGGUACUUCUAGAGGAUAAAACCUAUGUUGAAGAAAUUGCAAGUAUUUUAAGAGAACUAGGUGCCAACAAGACUGUGAUCGCUGGUAUUUUAGAACGUUGUCCGGAAGCCAUUGUCUGCAGUCCCGCUGUCGUUGACACUGAACGAGAACUCUGGCAGUUGGUCUGCAAAAACGAGGAAGAGUUAAUCAGGUUAAUAGAGCAGUUCCCAGAAUCCUUCUUCACCAUGAAGGGCCAGGAGAACCGGAAGCUGAAUGUUCAGUUCUUUCAAGAGCUGGGACUCAAGAAUGUGGUCAUUAGUAGAUUUUUGACCAGUGCAUCAAAUAUUUUCCAUAACCCUGUUGAGAAGAAUAAGCAGAUGAUAAAGACCCUCCAAGAGAGCUACCAGCAUUUGGGUGGCUCUGCGGCCAACAUGAAGGUUUGGCUACUGAAACUGUUAAGCCAGAAUCCAUUUAUCUUGUUGAAUUCUCCUUCAGCCAUCAAGGGAACACUAGAAUUUCUCAAGGUGCAAGGUUUCACACACUCUGAAAUUCUUCAACUUCUGUCAAAACUCAAAGGAUUUCUCUUUCAGCUUUGCCCUGACAGUAUACAGAGGAGUAUUUCUUUCUCCAAAAACGCUUUUGAUUGCACAGACCAUGACCUGAAGCAACUAGUUGUAAAAUGUCCUGCCCUCUUAUAUUAUUCUGUUCCCGUCUUAGAAGAGAGACUUCAGGGGCUGCUGAAAGAAGGAGUUUCCAUAGCUCAGAUCAGAGAGUCGCCAAUGGUCCUUGAGCUAACACCACAGAUUGUUCAGUACAGGAUACGGAAACUGAAUUCUUUAGGCUACAAAGUAAAAGAUGGGCAUCUAGCAAAUCUAAAUGGAACAAAAAAGGAAUUUGAAGCUAACUUUGGCAAGAUUCAAGCCAAAAAUGAAAGGCCAAUAUUUAACCCUGUGGCACCGUUAAAUGUUGAGGAGUAACAGCAGAGGGAGGGCUGAAGCGGUUCAACUUCAGAGCAUGGGUAACUUUAAGGACCUACUUAGCUUGUGUUAAGUUACCUCAAAAUGGGUGAUCUCUGAUUCACUGGCUAUAUUUUAAAGUGUAGAUUAUGUUUAAAUACAAUUGGUAAAUUUGACUUUGAA